CGGUUGCGGGGGGCGACGGAGCGACGGCUUCCGGCCGCGGGGCUGUGUUUCGGUUGCAGGCGGCGGCGGCGGCGGCGGCGGUGACGGGGCGGGUACGAGUCAGGACUAUAGUUCAACUCGAUGGGAUAACAUACAGACAUGUUCAGCUUUGAAGGUGAUUUCAAAACACGGCCCAAGGUUUCUCUUGGUGGAGCAAGCAGGAAGGAAGAAAAAGCUUCAUUGUUGCAUCGAACCCAGGAAGAAAGACGAAAGCGAGAGGAAGAAAGACGAAGGCAGAGGAACGCAGUUAUCAUUCAAUCCUUCCUCCGUGGAUAUAGAGACCGAAAAGAGCAACAUUCGAUACAACGAAGUGAAUUUGAUCACUACGUCUCCAUUGCACAAGCAGGCGGACAUUUUCCUAUCAGUGAUGGAUUUAAUUUGACUGUUUUAAUAAGGAAGCUCUUAUUUUUUUACAAACAAAAUAACGAUUUGGAUAGAUUGACAUGGAUGUGUCAAAGUUUGGUUAAACACGGUAGUUUGUAUGUGCAGCAGCUAAUUGAUUCUAAUAAACAAAUAUGUUUAUAUCAAAUAAAGUGCUUAUUGGGUUUAUGUUGCAGAUUACUGAAGAGCUGUAACAAUGAGUCUUUGAAUGUUACUGUGCCUUUGCGGAUGUUGGAGAUUUUUUCCUCAGAAAAAACAUAUUUGCCCGUUAUACAGGAUGUUAACAGUGUAACAUCGAUAGUUGAACAAAUUUUGCACUACAUGGUUCAGAAAGGGUACUAUAAAUCACUUUACAUGCUGAUGAAUCAUAGGCUUCCAUCAAGUUUAGAAUAUUCUGAUGUUUCACGGGCUUCACGUGUUCCACUUGCAAUUACACUGUUAGAGAAUUUUCUGAAGCCACUGCACUUUCAAUAUGCCUCGUGCCCUGAAGGUUCAAGGCAUCAGGUUUUUGCUAUAUUGGCAAAAGAGUUUUUCACUGCACCAUUCACAGACCAGAUCUUCAACUUCCUUGUUCCGGCACUUUCUGCUGCAAGGAUUUCGUUUCCUUAUGUACCUUUCUUAACCGCACUGUUAAUACCGAAGACAACCUCGUCAGUGGGACUCGCUUAUACCAGGGAUAUGGCACCUUGGCUUCUUUACUUCGUUCUUGCUGUUGGAGAACCACAGAUAGCAAUUCUGUCUGAGGAAGGCAUGCUUGUUUAUCUGAGGAUGCUGCAGAUUCUUUUACCACAGUUACCCGUCUCCUUGACUGGGACAAAUGGCAGAGAAAUUGGGAGCGACUCGGAGAACGAAGAGGAGGAGGAGCGUAAGAUGAUAACCAACAAGGGCAAUGGUAGAAUUUCGGUGAAUUUAAUUACUGCCGAGUGUCUCAAGAAGCUGGACACUAAACAACAAACAAAUGCCUUGCUAAACCUGGUUUGGAGGGAAUCUGUAAGUGAAGAUGUUUUCACUAUGAUGGCGUCCAUCUGUCACACACUGAUGGUACAACACAGAAUGAUGGUUCCAAAAAUCAGACUUCUAUACAGUUUGGCAUUCAAUGCAAGAUUCAUGCGACAUCUUUGGAAUUUGAUCACAUCUGUAACAACAAAAAUGAUAACGGGGUCGAUGGUACCUUUGAUUCAUCUGAUCUCACGAGGCUCUCCGAUGUCACUUGAAGACUCUCAUCGGAUCAUACCUCUCUUUUAUCUCUUUAGUUCUCUCUUCAGCCAUUCCCUUAUUUCAAUCCAUGACACCGAAUUCUUUGGAGAGCAAGCUCAAGGAGGUGUGGGCCAACAGCCAGUUACAAUGAUGCCAUUCACUUUAAGAGAGUUGGUAACAUUAUCCCGCUGUCUCCGUGAUGCUUGCCUUGGAAUAAUUCAUUUGGCAUAUCCAGAAACCAAACCAGAGGUUCGUGAAGAGUACAUUGUGGCAUUUAAGAGCAUUGGUGUCCGUACCAAUGCAGAAAUGCAAGAACGAAUCGAGACUGAGAGGAAAAGAUGGAUUCAACUCUUUAAGGUGAUCUCCAAUUUAGUGAAAAUGCUUAAGUCAAGAGACACAAGAAGACAAUUUUGUCCUCCUGAUCACUGGCUUUCUGAUCAAGUUAAUAUCAGAGCUGAUAAGGUCACCCAACUCUAUGUGCCCUCAGCCAGGCAUGUUUGGAGGAUGCGUCGAAUGGGAAGGAUAGGACCAUUGCAGUCAACACUAGAUGUUGGGCAGGAGCCAGCUCAAUUGUCAGUAACGGAAGAACGUCAUCUUGCCAUAUUGACUGAACUACCCUUUGUCGUUCCAUUUGAAGAAAGAGUAAAGAUCUUCCAAAGAUUGAUCUUUGCUGAUAAGCAGGAAGUUCAAGGGGAUGGGCCAUUUUUAGACGGGAUCAAUGUCACAAUUCGACGUAAUUAUAUCUAUGAAGAUGCAUACGACAAGUUGUCACCAGAAAACGAAUCUGACCUGAGAAAGCGAAUACGCGUUCACUUAUUAAAUGCGCAUGGUUUGGAUGAAGCUGGAAUUGACGGUGGAGGAAUAUUCAGAGAGUUUCUUAAUGAACUGCUGAAGACUGGGUUUAACCCAAACCAGGGAUUUUUCAAAACAACAAAUGAAGGGCUACUGUAUCCGAAUCCUGCAGCUAAAAUGCUGGUUGGGGAUCACUUCACCAGGCAUUACUAUUUUCUCGGAAGAAUGUUAGGAAAGGCCCUAUACGAAAACAUGUUGGUAGAGCUUCCUUUUGCCAGUUUCUUUCUGUCAAAACUCUUGGGCACCAGUGCAGAUGUUGACAUCCAUCACCUUGCCUCACUGGAUCCUGAAAUGUACAAAAACCUGCUCUUUCUGAAGAGCUAUGAAGGUGACGUCGAAGAACUUGGUCUCAAUUUUACUGUGGUAAACAAUGAACUUGGGGAGGCACAGGUGGUGGAACUGAAACUAGGUGGAAAGGAUAUUCCUGUGAACAGUGCCAACAGGAUAGCUUACAUCCAUCUCGUUGCUGACUACAGGCUUAACAAGCAGAUUCGACCACACUGCCUUGCAUUCAGACAGGGUGUGGCAAAUGUUGUGAACUUGGAGUGGCUGAGGAUGUUUGACCAACAAGAGCUUCAGGUUUUGAUAUCUGGAGCGCAAAUACCAAUCGACUUGGAGGACCUGAAAAAUUUCACCAACUAUUCAGGUGGCUACACAGCAGACCAUGCAGUUAUUAAAAUAUUCUGGAAUGUAGUCGAAAAUUUCACAAAUGAUGAAAAGCGAAAACUACUGAAGUUUGUCACAAGUUGCUCCCGACCACCGUUGCUGGGAUUCAAGGAAUUAUAUCCAGCUUUUUGUAUACACAAUGGAGGGACGGAUCUGGAGCGUUUACCAACCGCCAGUACUUGCAUGAACCUUCUGAAACUUCCAGAAUUUUAUGAUGAAAGUCUUAUGAGGAGUAAAUUACUUUACGCAAUUGAAUCAGCAGCAGGCUUUGAGCUAAGUUGAAGUGAAAAUGGGACACCGAAGAUUGAGAAUGAUGGAUGGUGCUUACACGUACCAACAAUCAAAGUUCUCACAACGGGGACAGAUUGAAUUGUGCAGAAUCAAGGGGGUUUUAAUGAAGUGAACUGCAAAGAUGAGGCUUCUUCUAAUCAUAUAUUUGUAGCUCAGAUGGAUGUAUGAUCAUAUGGGUAUAUUGGGAGCUUUUACUGUUAAGAUUGUGGCUAUAUUCUGGGCAAGUGGCCUGUAAGAUGUGAUGAUCAAAUUAUCACUUGGCGUUAACAGUAAAACAGCCUGUGUUGUGGCGUUAACCAAAGAUUCAGCCAAUGUUAUGUGUUAGUCAAAACAGGCAAUAAAGCAAGCCAUAAUAAUGGAAGAUAUUUGCAUUUAAAGGAGGCCUGCAUUCAUCAGAAGCCUAUUUUCAUAAGGCAAUAUGUGGCUAAUGUUUUUUUAAACUUCAUACUGGUUACUUGCAUUUAAUAUCAUGGUUAGGUGGGAGCACAUAAACCAUGUAAUACUGCUGCAUUUUACUUUUUUUAAACAAGUUGCACAUUUCUUACAAUCUGUUUUAAAUCACAAUUAUGUCCCAAUAUGGAACCCAAUAAAGCAUAGUUGCAAUUUACAGCCUAGAUUAAAAUUGUAUGGCGUGACAUUAUAUUAAUUAUAUGGCCCUUCUGCAUAACUGUGGUGAGAGUUCUGAAUAAAAAGCAUUAAGUGGAUGAGAUAUUAUGUGGAUAGGAGAUUACUUGAUUGCAAUAGAAUUCAGCUUGCUCAUACAAAUAGUUCCAUUAGGCCAUGGUAAAUGUGUUUGAGACAGAAUUUAGUCAGCAGUUUCUGUAAACAGAGAUGUGAAUACAUGUUUUAUCUGCAUCUGUGAAUACUAUUGUUUUUGUUCUGUAUAUGUACAGUUUUCUGUUGUGUAUUAAACUUCUGUGCUAUCAGAAUGGUCCUUACUGUUAAGAGUUAUAACUUUAACAAGUAUUAAACAAAAUUUGAAUAAU